UAUCCAAUUUAAAUUCCCGAUACCAGCAAUCACCAAGUUCAUUUGAAUUAUGAACGUUUUAAUCAUAAUUUUGUUAAAUAAAAGCUUUUAUUUUAAAUACCUACGAAACCCACGUCCAAUUAUUUGCAUCACAAAUUAUAAUUAAUUAUUUGAACUACCGAUCGAAAUCCGAAGCGCGUACAAUUUUGUGGCAAUCUCAAAUUUCGUACCGGGAACCCUGAACCGCAGACGAAAACAGCGCCAAGCCGAGGACCUGCUCAAACCGAACGUCUGCAUACCAAUCGUCGGUUUUUUAUACGCGCGUCGGUGCACGCCCGCCUCUGUGUGAGUGGCCGCCUCAGUGUGCGCGCUCUCGCGCGCGGGACGGACCAUUGUUGUGUGCAGUAGACUCGCGACCGGCGAACAUGCUCGUCCACUGUUAUUCAAACAAGCUCAAAAACUGCCGGUAAACAAAAAUAAUGACCAGUGUACCACAUUACGUGCGCGAGUGCCAACAGUGUGUGAUAACCGAGUAGUGCAGUGAAGUGUUUUCAAACGUGUUUUGGAGUUUUGAAGCCAUGCUCGAUGUGUUUAGAUACAACUCUGCAAGUCAAACGGAACGCCUCAACCUUAGUUUAAGUUCAACCUGACAAAAGUUAUCUGUGAUCUCAUAUUAGUUUUAAAAUAGACGUACAAUGGAUGAUAGGUAGUGCGAUGUGUUGAAAAUGCCUCAUGCGCACUCGAGUUCGGCCGCGAGCUCCGGGGGGGACGACCUGGGCUCCACGGACGAGGUGAAGGUGUUCAAGGACGAGGGCGACGGGGAGGACGAGAAGCGCAGCUCCGAGAACUUGUUGGAGGAGAAGUCCAGCCUCAUCGACUGGACUGAGAGUGAGGAAAAGUCAGGAGAGCCUUACUCGGGCAAAUUAUCUGUGAAGUCGGAUCUUAGUCCUGUUUUUGGUAAAUUCGACCCGCACCCAGCGGCCGGCUUCAACAUGGGAUACCUCAUGGCUCCUUACCCCUACCCCAACGGUGGGGCGCAUCCCCUGCCCGUCUCAAUGGCGGGCAAGAUGGGCCUACCAGCCGGUGGCAGUUUAUCGCUAUUCUGCCCAGGGGGCGACCUGGGGCAGCCUCCCCCUGCCCACAUGGGCAUUCCCCCGCCUUACCAGCUAGACUCCAAACUUGCGGCAGGGCUGGCGCGGACACCCAUGUACCCCUUCCCGGGGGGCACCUACCCCUACCCGAUGCUCAGUCCGGAAAUGUCACAAGUGGCGGCGUCGUGGCACACCCCAAGCAUGUACCCCAUAUCCUCGGCGGCCAGCAGUUUCCGAAGUCCGUACCCCACGUCGCUGCCGAUCUCCACAUCUAGUCUAUCGAGUGAACUGUAUCGGUUUUCGCCAACGCUGGGCGGAGGCCUAGGCCUCGGUCUGGGCCCCGCGCUGGUGCCCCCGCCCCCCUCUAAGGCUGACCUCGAGUCCCACCACGCGCGGUAUGCGAGGUCACUAGAAAAGGGCAGCGGCAGCAGCGACAAGCCCAGCGAGGGUACAGUCAGCAACAACAGCAAAGAGCAGAACAAGAAGCCGCACAUAAAGAAGCCCCUCAACGCGUUCAUGCUGUACAUGAAGGAGAUGAGGGCGAAGGUUGUGGCCGAGUGUACUUUAAAGGAAUCGGCGGCGAUUAAUCAGAUAUUGGGACGACGGUGGCAUUCGUUGAGUCGCGAAGAGCAAGCAAAGUACUAUGAGAAAGCGAGACAGGAGAGACAGCUCCAUAUGCAGCUGUACCCGGGUUGGAGCGCGAGGGACAACUACGGUUACGGUUCCAAAAAGAAAAAGCGGAAAAAGGACCGUAGUCCUGCUGAGUUGGGAGGAAAUAAUUUGAAGAAGUGCCGAGCGAGGUACGGCCUCGACCAACAGAACCAGUGGUGCAAACCUUGCAGGCGGAAGAAGAAAUGCGUGCGCUACAUGGAAGCGCUGGCGGCCGCGUCCGGGACGAUGGGGGUCGGGGGCCCGCCCGCGACCCCGCAGUCGCCGUGCUCCGAUGAGGACGUGAAGCUCGAGGAGCUGUCGGACGCGUCGGACGACGACGGCGACGCCGACACGCCGCUGUCGGCGUCCAGCCCGGGCGGGCUGUCGGCGCUGUCGUCGCUCGCGUCGCCCGCCUCCGACCCGCCGCCGCCGCCGCGCAACCCCGUCGGCACCAACCCGCGCGACGCCAACAACCCGCUGUCCGUCGGCCAGCUCACCAGCCAGUCCUGGCCGCGCGCGGCGCAGGCGCGGCCCUCGCACGAGGUCAUCUCCGUCUCAUAGUGCCAGUGUCGAACCGGCGCAACCCGGUACUCUGUCUUAACCUCCGGACGAUCCUCGCGGCGGGGUUAAAUUAACACGGAGAAAUUAAAGUUUUUAGUGAACGGUGGCGCCAUCUCGUAAUGAGAACUCGUAUCGUCGGCCCGCGCCAUCUGGCGGCCGCGCCCCGAAACGGUUCGUGUCGGUUGUGAUAACUAAACAAGUAGGUACCCCGUAUACUGAUCCUUCGAUGAACUUUUACCGUUCGCGGAUUUUUAUGACGUGAACGAAUACCCGCAUUUUCGUGUGCUUUAUUUUCGAGAGGCCUAAUUGCGAAUUCAUCUUUUUUUACCAGAUGCUCGGUAUUCUUUCACGUCGGUCCGUAUAUAAAUGUACAAUUGACAUUUCAAAUUGACCUUGAGUUUAUGACUCUUAACAUUUAAUUAUAAUACGUCAUAUGUUGUCAUUUUCAUUUUUUUUUUCAUAAAUUUAAAGUCGCUUUGAUCUCAAUUUGAGCCCCAAUCGAGUCAUUUAGCAUUUUGUAUGACGGCACCCACAGAUUUAUUUUUCAAAUUUCUUCUUCCAUACAAUUUUGGGGUAUUCAGUUCCGAUUGCUAAAUAUCACUUCAACAGCAUUCAAGGUAUUUGUUGUUAUUUUAAAACCCUAAUAUUGUGUCUAUCUUAACUAGUCACAUGUCAAAUGUGCCAUUUACAUCUGUUUUUAAUUUUGGAUUUGAAUUAUAAAAAUGUGGGGCAUAUCACUAAAGUACAUGGCAUUGUAAUCAAUAAUUUAAGUUUUCUUACAUUUUGAUCUGUUGAUAUGUAAACUGACUGCAUUGUAACUGUGUGACUAUUUUUCAAAAUAAACUAGGUUGAUUUUAACGCCAUCUAUAUCGCUGAAGCAUAAACAAUCUUUUUCAUAGUGAUCUUAAAAAUCUAGACCGUUUUUAAGUCUAAUGCAGCGGGCUUAAAUGUCACAGAUUGAAAACGCACAAUUAUUACCAUAACUUUUUAAUUCACUUGUUCCGUUCAUCGUACUUAUUUGUAACAAUAUCCUUAAUUAUUAACUGAGAUUAUCAGAUUAAACAGUGAAAUAUAAUGUUAUGGUAGAAUUGCUAUGGAAAGUACUUCUAACACUGUCACAUACAUUGCUCUCUUAUGGACAUUUCAUUUUAACAUCUUGUUAACGGAUUCAACUCAAUAUUUACUUCAUACGUCUAUCUUACAUAUGAUUUCGUGUAUUUUUCUAAUUAUUUUUCAACGAAUUACUUGAUAUAGUGAAAUUCAAAUAGAAAAAUACGCCUGGGAAAUGUCAGGAAUGCAGGCGGGAGCCGCAAACCUUUUUUUAGGUUGUUUAAGUUAUUUCGAGUUGAAUUUUUUAAUUAAGUUUUUUCCUUAAUGUUUCAUCGGACGGCCUGCACCGAUAAGGUUCCAUGUAGCGUAGUUUUAUUAAGAUAUAGUUUUAAAGAGAAUAAUUUCCCUUUGUAGCAUGUUUUUGUAAAAAGUUAAAUGUAAGAUGACACAAAGGGAAAAAGAGUUUUUUUCCGUUGUGCGGAACAAGUUAGACUGUCGUAGGUUAGUUUAGGCACGUUGUAUGAGUGAAUUUGUAAAUCGGGAUUUGGACCGAGUGCUCUUUAAUAUAAGGUCGCAUUUUCAAUGGAAUUUGAUUUUUUAAGUUGCAUGUAUUUUAUUUUAUCCUCAUAGGAUUUUGACUUUUCUCAAAGAUAUAUCAAGCAUGCGUUUCGAUCAUGAAAUUCGAUUUUGCAUGCAUUUAUUUGUUUAAUUAAUUAAAUAAGUCUUAUAAAAAUACGACUUAUCCUCAUUUCUUAAUGAUUUUACUUUUAUUAUGAUGUGUUAAAGAGCAUUUAGGUACAAUUUAAACCACUGUAUAUGUGUAAGUACAUAUAUGAUGUAAAAAUAUAAAAUAUAGGUUUAAUAUAACUGUGUCAUAUUAGAAAUAAGUGUACUAUGCUACUUAUGUAUACAUUAUUACAAUAUAAAAAGUUUAAAGAAAAAUAUUAGCGGAAUACUGACUUGAAACAAAAAAAUGUAUAAUGAAAAAUUUUACAGGAUAAAUUGUAAUUUUCAUAUUACAAUUUUUACAUUACCUGGGAUUAUAAUAAAGAAACAGAGUGUAUAGGACUCGAGUUUGUAAAUAAAUUUGUAAUUCAUGAUAUUAGAUUUUUUUCGGUUAAAAAAACAUUGCAUUUAUAUUAUUAUUAAAAUACCCUCGGAAUGUUCUCGGAUGGUUUGUUUUAUCCAACAGUUCUUUUUGUUAAUUACUUUUUAUUGUUAUUAUUAAGAUUUUUAACGUUGUUGACUGCAAACCAAGCCCUAUUAAUGAAUAAUACUU